AUGUCCUUCUUCCCACGAGGUUUCUACGAAGCCGACGCUUCAUCCUUCACCCCGCUCUUCCGCCUCCUCGACGACUUUGACAGCUACACCCGCCAGGCGGGCGGCCAGCCCAACGGCCGACGCGCAGGCGCCUCCAUCUGGCAGCCCAAGUUUGACGUCCGCGAGACCGACGACGCCUACGAGCUGCACGGCGAGCUGCCCGGCAUGAACAAGGACACGGUCCACAUUGAAUUCACCGAGCCGCAGACGAUGUCGGUCCGCGGCAGGGCCGAGCGCUCCUACUCCGAGGGCACCCCGUCGGCCGGCCAGAUCGAGGACGUGACCGACAAGCCCGCCAUCACCCAGGGCGGCGAGCCCUCGCACAAGGCCACCGUCGAGGACGAGGGCGCCGCCGCCGCCGCCGCCGAGCAGGCGCAGGCCGAGCCCCAGGCGCCCCAGUACAAGUACUGGCUCACCGAGCGCAGCGUCGGCGAGUUCUCUCGCACCUUUAACUUCCCGGCGCCGGUGCAGCAUGACGCCGUCUCGGCUAGCUUCAAGGACGGCAUCCUGAGCGUCUCCGUGCCCAAGGCCAAGAAGCCCGAGGCGCGCCGCAUCACCAUCUCCUAA